AUGGAGAUUAGAUCUGAGCUCAGGAAACUUUCCCCAAGUGGAAAGCAGAAAUGGCCAAUUCUGGUUGUGAUUCUGCUUUUUACUCAGAUCUUGUUGUUACUUUCAUAUGGAGACACCUUAAGAUAUCUUUUGCCUGAUGGAAGAAGACUUAAACUUCCCAAUGAGAACAACAAUGCGUUGAUGAUGAAUAAUCCAUCACAAAACGCUCUUCUUAGAAACACACUCGCGGUUAACAACGUUUCUGAGGUCUCUGCUGGGAUUCAUGUCUUGGAGAAAAAUGAGAAUGUUUCAGGUUUUGGUCUGAGGAAUGAGUCAGAGGAUGAUGAAGGGUUUGUUGACGGUGUUGAGUUUGAGAGCUUUGAAGAUGCAAAGGAUAGUGUCAUCAUCAAAGAAGUCGCUGGAAACAGUGACAAUCUUGUUCCUUUAGAUAGAACUGUAAUGCAAAAUGAGGGAGUUUCAGACAGUAAUAAUGGAAAUCAGGUGCAAAAUGUGACUUCUGUGGAGAGUUCUAUGUUAAGUGCAGGCUCCUCCAUUACAGUUCCUGCUACCUCAGUGAAGAAUCUACCUGUUUCUGGAAAUAGUUCCUUGCUUGUUAUUAAGAAAGUAAGCAAGAAGAAGAAGUUGCGGUGUGAGCUUCCACCAAAAACUGUGACUACGAUAGACGAGAUGAAUCGGAUUUUAGUAAGGCACCGUAGAUCUUCACGUGCAAUGCGACCGCGUUGGUCUUCGAAGAGAGAUGAAGAGAUAUUGGCUGCAAGGAAGGAGAUAGAGAAUGCUCCGGUUCUAACAAACGAACGGGAACUUUACCCUCCAAUAUUCCGUAAUGUCUCCAUGUUUAAGAGGAGUUAUGACCUUAUGGAACGGAUGCUCAAGGUUUAUGUAUAUAAGGAAGGAAGCCGCCCCAUUUUCCAUACUCCGAUACUCAAAGGAUUGUAUGCAUCAGAAGGAUGGUUCAUGAAGUUGAUGGAAGCAAACAAGCAUUACACUGUAAAGGAUCCAAGAAGGGCUCACUUGUACUAUAUGCCAUUUAGUGCACGGAUGCUAGAAUACACGCUUUAUGUGCGUAAUUCUCAUAACCGAACUAACCUACGCCAGUUUCUUAAGGAAUACACUGAGCACAUCAGUUCCAAGUACCCUUUCUUCAACAGAACCGAUGGAGCUGAUCAUUUUCUUGUCGCCUGUCAUGAUUGGGCACCAUAUGAGACAAGGCACCACAUGGAGCAUUGCAUUAAAGCUCUAUGCAAUGCAGAUGUAACUGCAGGGUUCAAGAUUGGAAGAGACAUCUCCCUUCCUGAAACAUAUGUCCGCGCUGCCAAAAACCCGCUUCGUGAUUUGGGCGGAAAACCGGCGUCUCAGAGGCGGAUCCUGGCUUUCUACGCUGGAAGCAUGCACGGGUACCUACGUCCGAUCCUGCUACAGCAUUGGAAAGACAGAGAUCCCGAAAUGAACAUCUUCGGACGAAUGCCUUUCGGCGUGGCGAGCAAGAUGAAUUACAUCGAGCACAUGAAAAGCAGCAAGUACUGCAUUUGUCCUAAAGGGUACGAGGUGAACAGCCCGAGGGUCGUUGAGUCGAUAUUCUACGAAUGUGUCCCUGUGAUUAUAUCCGACAACUUCAUUCCGCCAUUCUUUGAGGUUCUUGAUUGGGACGCGUUCUCGGUCAUUGUUGCAGAGAAAGACAUCCCGAGGUUGAAAGAUAUCUUGUCGUCGAUACCGGAAGAGAAAUACGCGAAGAUGCAAAUGGCGGUUAGAAAGGCGCAAAGACAUUUUCUGUGGCAUGCUAAACCGGAGAAGUAUGAUCUAUUUCAUAUGACUCUCCAUUCUAUUUGGUAUAACAGAGUAUUCCAAGCAAAGCGUAGAUGA